AAAAUUGUUCAUUAUAUUCUUACAAGUCAGUAAGAAAUGUAUUUAUCUUUAUAAUUCAUAGGACUCUUUGAGAAUAGAGUCUUUUAUAGUUUGAUUCUAAGUUUGAGCCUGAAAUUUUUCGUUAUUGCUUGGAAAGGUAAUAAAAUAUGAGUCAAAAUGAUCAGAGUGGUCAACCGGUUGGUUUUCGUAUGUACGGAGGACCCAACGGCAAGAAUGGGGUCAUGAGGCUCCUUCAAAGGAUGCAAAAUUCGUCACAAAAUCAAACCAAUCUCUUGUACAAGGUCGAGGGGCUGGGAAUGAUCCAAAGGACUUCGCUUAACCAAAGCCAGGCUCUUCUUUCUGAUUCCAUUAGCUUGAUGCGGCUGCAAAUUCAACAACUUCAACGAAUGCACAAAAAGGACGAAGAAACAAACAUAAAAUUAAAGGAACUUUCUGAAGAACUGGAACGCCAGGAAACAGACAACUCUUAUUUGAAAGAAUACUUUAACGAUUUAAAUAGAGGAAUCCAAAGAUAUGAGUAUGAAAAACGUUCUAGUGAAAUAAGUCUCAAGUUGGUGCCAGAAAUUGUGCUGAACAGAAGUAUAGCCGAGGUUAACCUUGUUAAUGCGAAAAAAUGUCUGAAACAUUUAGAAAAAAUGCUAAAAGUUAGACAAAUUCGGUACAUGAAUACCCCGGCUGUCCCACCUACUACUCUUAGAAAAAAAGCUAAAAAAAGACCCAAGAAAAAAUAUCCAAGGAAAUAUAGUUUGGAUAUAGAGUUCAUAAAAGCCUUCAAACCCAAUACGAAACGCAAUAUAAAUGAUUUCUGUGGCAACAGAAAUUUUAGACCUAAUGGACCUUACAGGGUACCUUCGUGGCCAUAUAACAAAAAGUCACGUUGCUUUUUAGCGAUACCAAAAAAAUCAGAUGACAAAAAUGUAAAACCACUUGCCGGUGAUGCCAUUACUACUUCAGAAUUGAAAAAAAUUGACAGUGACCAAAAAGAAAUACAGUUUACGAAAGUUCCCAUGGAAAGGCAACAGCAGAACCAACCAGACAUUUUUCUGGUAUCAUUUAGUAAAAUAAAGGAUAAAAUCGAAACUUCUCCAAGAGUUUGGAAGCCAGAGGCUAGGGAAACCCCAAAUGAAACAUCUCAGAGAAUAGAGGUGAAAAAUCCUUCUAAAUACGAGGCACAGCCACAAGAAAAUGUGGAAAUUAAUCUUCCACAAGAACAAAAAGCACUGAAUAUAGAAGAGACUAUUGAAUCUAAGAACUUGCAGGAUUAUGAGAUAAGUGGAGCAAAUAAAAAAGACAAGAAAUCCAUCAAAAAAAAAUUUCUAAAAAAGGCGAAACGAACAAAAAGAACUCAUACUAAAAAUAGGAAGGAAAACUCACAACAAAAUAUUGAAACAGGUAAUUUAAUGACCACAAAAUAUGGAAGUAUCGGUCAGGACCUUCUAGAUAAUACAGAGAGAAAAAAUCGUAAUAAAAGGCAGACUAAAUCACGUUUGAAAAAAUAUUUGAGAAGAUCUUUGGCGUCUAAACGAAAAAUACCUUUGCAAAACAAUUUCUAUAAGACAAAGAAGUAUGAGCUAAGUCCGAAGUCAGUUGAGAGGCUUGUUCCGGCUAUCUCGGCAGAAAAUAAUUUUAAAGCAAAGUCUACAGUUGACUUUCAUGAAAACCUUAAUGAUAAAACUAAAGUUGACUCUAUGGAGCAGUUCAUAAAUGAGCCCAAAUUCAAAACAUCAUUUUCGGAUACCACAAGACCCUCCUCCAGUACAGAAGUGUCCAAAAAACAGACCAUUGAAUCAACAGCCACUGAAAUUAUAAAUCUUUUGUUCGAGGAUAAAGCGGCCUCCAUGCCCCCAACAAGUGGCAAUUUGCGGAAAUUCAGCAGACUUAAUGCAUCAAAUAUGUCCAUAAAUAGUACCUUCCUUGGUACCAAUCCCGCUACACAUGCAGAAGAAGUGUGGACCGACCUGGUAGCCAAAUACUCGCAGUGGACAGGAAAGUUUCAAAACCCUAAUGAUGCUGAUAUAGUCAGGACUAUGCUGAAAGAGCGGUACAUUCACAAUGUGCAGAAGAUUUUGCACAGUAGAGUCAAGGAAAUCAAGUUCGAAAUUAAUCCGAUAAGGGCUAAAUCCUUCAAGACAAGCACAUCAGAUGCCAAGGACAAUAGCAAAAGGCUGCUAUCCAGACCUUCGUCCCAUAACUCUAUGAAGGCAGCAACAAAAUCAAAUCGAAAAGAAACUGGACUUUCAAGCAGGAAGCACUCGACCCUUGGACCUGAAUUUUUGCAUUAUCUGCUCCUGAGCCGACAAACGCAGAUGCUACGCUCAAGUAUUUUGGACGAAGAUCUUAAGGACAUGAGGGAGAUGCUCAUUAGCAGACAGGUGCCCGAAAGUGGGUCGGACAUCCAGCUUUUUAAGAAGUACGAUUCGGAUCCGAGCCACUAUAAUAUCCUCCUUAUGGCCCUUCACAUGGACACAGAUGAAACGGACAAGAAUUUUGGGGAAAAUAUUCGGCUCCUGGAGCAUAACUACGAGUUCAUUAAACGUAAUAUGGAGGCAGCUGCCAGGCGAAAAAUGAUCACGGACAUGGCCAUCAGGAGCCAGGAAUUGCGAAAGGUUGAGAGGGAUGAAUCGAAAAUAUCAUUCCGAAAAGUGGAACCCGGUAGUAUAGUAUUCGAUAAUGAUUAUAUGACACAGAUGCGGGAGCAAUGGACAGCUUAUUUUGCCCAGCAGGCGAAGACUCCCAUGGAGAUUCAGCUGGCGAUGGUCAGAAGACAAAAGAGGAGGGAGGAGGCCAAAGUACGGGCCGAAGCACGCCGACAUGAAAAAAUGCAGGAGAAGGCGACUCGAGCGUAUAAGAGAUCUCCUAGUGCCCUCUUCAGGACGCCAAGGCAAACGAACCGUUUGCGAAAAGCCCUCAAGGACAUCUGUGAAGAGCAGGCCGAUCAAGAGAGUCCUUGCAAGACGAACUCAUCAUGCAAUGCCGAAUGUUUCCAAUAGGGUAGUCCCAGAUUUGUUAAUAGCAUCCAAUUGUUUGUUAAUGUAGGAAGGAAUGGUUUUAAAAUGUCCUUUGUUGAAAUUAAGUUUAGAAGUAUUGCUUCAAUCUCAUGGUGAUUUCAUCUU